AUGGAACUCAAAAUUGAGCUCAGGUGCAGCCUAUUUCCACAGAUUAUAUUUGAGAUGUUCCUACAGCUUAAUUGGAGUCCACCUGUGUGGCGUAUGCUUUGUGUGGGGCGUAUGCUGUUUGGGAUUUUUCCUUGCUGUUUUCCACUUUUGCAUUACGGACAGUCUUUUCUGUUGGCAGGCGCUUCCAUCAUCACCCACUCAUCUACAAAGGACUAUCUUCAGCCGCCCACUCUUUCGUCCCCUAAAGUGCCCAAGUGGGGUUUGGUUCCCCUCUUUCACAGCGUGCGCUCGAAGUUAGAGAGCUUUGCCGAGAUCUUUCUCACUCCUAUUAAGAGCCGAAGGGACCCACAGGAAUCGGAGAACAGUGUCCAACAGGGGGAUCCAGAACAUCUGGUGGAUCAUUCCCAGAACAUUGGUCAUCCUGCCGACGAAUUGUGCACGGAAGAUGGCAGUUCUUGGACCCCUGUAUGCUCCGCAUCAGACUUUCUUAGCGAUGGAGAAGGGACAGAGGAGGAUAAACCUGUAACCCCUGCCUUUCAGCUAGACAUUUCCCGUCCACCCAUCCAGCGCUGCCGGUCUGUUUCCUCGCUACCUCUGACGCAACACGUGCGGAGACGCAGCUUGGAUACCGUGGAGAAGAGAAGUGAGCCGUGUUCCGGUAGAAGGCGGCAGCGGCGGCACAGUCUGGGCACUGUAGAGGAAUGCCGGAGUCAGUCUCCCGUCUUCUUCACCUGUCUUAGGAAAGAGAAGCAUCCCUUUCUCCUGCGGCAGGGAACUGUACCACAACAUACACCUGGUUCCGUCCACAAUGAGAGGUCACCACCCAGCCUCUGUCCGGACAGCGGUAGAGUGAGAGAGCAGGGCCUCAGUGAAGGUGAAGACCAGGUAGCAGAGGAACCUCUUCCUGAUUCUGAGGUCAAGAUACCGGAGAUUUUCCAUUGUGCCAAAGAGAGUAAAGUCUCCAACAUUCAGAUACGGAAAAGAGCCAUAAAACAAGAAGGGAACCUAACGCCGCUGGGCCUUCCGAAACGUGUGCGGUUACAUAAAGAGGACUUUAGCCUGGAAGAGAUCUACACAAACAAGAACUAUCACACUCCUACGGAGAAAAGAAAAUAUGAAACUAUAUUUGAGGAGCCAGUAAUGAAGGGUGGUACCCUUAUCCUUACGAGUCAGCGUCCAUUACGACGGACUAUGGUAUUUAAGGAUGGCAGCGCUGGUCAACGCAAACGUCGCCGGAAAGGAAAAGGAGCGGGUCGCAGCCGUAGGUGUCCCACAAGCUCGGUGGGAAAAACCGUGGACUGUGAACUGUUAUUGCAACACAAAAUGAGCCAAUUAGAGGCGGCGCUGCAAGAAGAGGAAAUGGGCGCGGUGUAGCCACCAGCGGCUCCGCACACAAGUGUCCUUAUGUUACCGUCGUGCUCUGUGUAUAUACCGCCUGUAAAUGCUCCUUUUACUGUCAUCUUCUCCCGGAAGAUUGUGUGUAACUUAUCCUUCUUCACAAAUAAAUAAUCUAACUUUU